AUGGUGCGGAGUGCACAUUUGUUUGAUUUUGUCAUUGUUGAAAGUAUACUGCUAAUUAGAGGCGAAGCCACUGAACUGACGGGUGUCGGGGGCAGCGCUCCUGGGAGCAGGGUCUUAGGGGCGGCAACCCCUGGCGGAGUCCAAGGGGCAGAGCCCCUGGCUGGGGUCGGGCUGCCAGGCAUUACAGAAAUGAUAUUGGAGAAGCUGAGCGAAUUCUCCAAAUUAAGUUUUGUUGAAGAUAUGUAUGACAACAUGUUUUGUUCGGUGGCUGAAUAUGCCAGUCAUCUUUGGAGACUUGCUCCUCAUCCAUAUCAUCCAUAUGAUGUUGCGGGAUUCCUUUCUGGUAAGUUUAUGACACUAGUGGCCACAACUGUUGCAGCAAGAAGACUUGACAUUAAUGAUGUUCAGUUAAUCAUCCAGGUACAAUGGUGUGGUGUUACCGUGCAGAUGUGCAUUGUCAGGUACUCAGUUAUCGGGAUUCUCACUUCAUUUUUGAUAGUACUAUUGGCUCUAGUGCUUGUACCUUACUUGAGAGAAUUGUUGUCAACCGAUCACCGGCCACCCAUCAUCGGACCAAUAACAAAUCAACUCAUACACUUUCACAAGCUUCAUGAUUACAUGACACUAAUGGCGAAAAAGUAUCCCACUUAUCGUCUCAUCACACCUUCACACAGUGAAGUUUAUACAGUUGAUCCUGUUAACACCGAGUACAUUUUGAAGACCAAUUUCGCAAAUUACGGCAAGGGGGAGUACAAUGUUGAUAUAAUGAGUGAUCUUUUUGGAAAUGGGAUUUUUGUUGUGGAUGGAGCUAAGUGGAGCCACCAACGAAAGCUUGCAAGCUUAGAGUUCUCAACCAAAGUUUUACGAGAGUUUAGCAGCGUUAUUUUCAAGUCCAAUACUGCUAAACUAGUGAAAAAGAUUUCAUUACUAGCAGCCUCUGAGGAAUCGAUGGAUUUGCAGGAUCUGUUGAUGAGGUCGACUUUAGAUGCGAUGUUUCAGGUGGGAUUUGGAUUUGAACUUGAUACUCUAUCGGGUUCAAAUGAGGCCGGGAAUCGGUUUAUGGAAGCGUUUGAUGCAUCAAAUGGUUUAGUAUAUUGGCGAUUUGUGGAUCUUCUAUGGAAGGUGAAGAGGUAUCUUAAUAUUGGUUCCGAAGCCACUCUCAAAGAAAAAAUCAAAAUUAUCGAUAACUUCGUAUAUGAACUGAUACGAAACAAGAGGGAACAGAUGAAAAACGAAGAGAGAGAUAAAGAAGAUAUACUGUCGAGAUUUCUGAUGGAAAGUGAAAAGGAUCCAGAAAAUAUGACGGACAAGUAUCUGAGAGAUAUAUCUUUGAGUUUUAUCCUUGCCGGAAAGGAUACAUCUGCAAACACCAUGUCUUGGUUCUUUUACGUGCUUUGCAAGCAAUCCAGGAUUCAAGAAAAGGUUGCAGAAGAAGUGAAAAUCGCCACCGAAGCCAAUGGCAAUGAUCAUACAUCUACCGAUGAGUUCAAGAUAAAGUUGACCGAAGUUGCCCUUGACAAAAUGCAUUAUCUUCACGCAACCUUAACAGAAACACUCAGACUCUAUCCUGCAAUUCCAUUGAAUGGCAAAUGUGCGGAGAAAGACGAUGUUCUACCAGAUGGGUUUAAGAUCAAGAAAGGUGACUAUGUGGGUUAUAUGUCGUAUCCAAUGGGAAGGAUGACCCAAAUUUGGGGACCCGACGCAGAGGAAUUCCGACCCGAAAGAUGGCUCCAAAAUGGCGUUUUUCGACCUCAAAGUCCUUUCAAGCUCACAGCUUUUCAGGGUGGGCCAAGGACAUGUUUGGGGAAGGAAUUUGCUUACAGACAAAUGAAGAUUAUUGCGGCUUUUCUUAUUUACUUCUACAAGUUCAAACUUGUGGAUGAGAGUGAAGAAGCUACUUAUAGAACCAUGUUCACCCUUCACAUGGAUAAAGGACUCCACUUGACUCCAUUUGUUGGUUUCGUAUUCUUGUAUGAUGUCUAA